GCAAGGGCGCACGCCACAACCACGUGGGGUCGUGCUUGGGCAGGGCUUAAGUAAUCGUACCUUUGUGUGGUACCCUCGCGGACCCCAGCAUUUUACCACCUUACCACCAUACUUCCGUCGCAUUUCUCCCUUAUAUCCUGCCUGAAUGCCCUAGAAAUGGCUCUGCACGCAUAAUAUCCUGAUUUCUUUACCAACGAUGUCCAAUGACAACCACAAGGCCGACCAGAUUGCGUUGCACUUCUAUACCAAACUGUUUUACGUCGUUAGCGAUGCUAGAACGACUGCUGAGUCGCGAUUACAGUCGAAGGUCGACAAAUGGUUCAACCUGGAAACGCACGACUCUGAUAUGUUUCCGAAGGAAAUUCGCGACAAGUACAAGUCAGUGUCGAUGUCUCCACCACCACCACCACCACUGGAAAUCCAGGUCCUUCUGUCUGUACCAGAGCUGAGCAGCAACCAGGUCCUUGUCUACCUUUCGCCAGAUUCAUCCAGGCUGCAGAUAAAGCCGACGCCCAAGUACAUUCUACUCGAGAGCUGGGUGCUCGACUUCAAUGCUCGCCAUAUCAGCGAGGACGAAGGAUCAGACGUCGCGCUGUCCACAGUGUACAAACAUGGCAUACCGCUCUUUCGCAGCCUGUACAGUCUGCUGCGUAUCCUCCCCACAUGGAAACUGUGCAAGCGGCUCCGGAGACGCGGGGCAGGUAAUGGGAACCUCAAUAUCCAAUUGCGGGUGCGAACACAGGCGCUAGGUGAUUCCGGCCUCAUUCUAGGCUUCGAUGCGUCGCCAGCAACAGGCGCCCCUCCUCUUCCCAGCAAGACGCACGUAUUCGCGCCUGUAUCCCACCCCAUGGGCACGCUCUCGCUAUCUGCGACGUAUCUGACGACGCCCCAUUUCCGGGUAGAUGACUUGGAAUCUCUCCUUUCGUCACGUUUCCUCUCGGAAGGCCCAGAGUUUGUGCCGACACUGACCAAGAAUCUUCAGCGAGACUCGAUAACAGGAUCACCAGGUAGCAGCCUUCCCAUCCGGACAUCCCUCCCUAGAUCUCCAAUAAGUAUUUCUAUUGCAGACCGAUUUGUCCUGCCUUCCUCCUCUUCACGGCCUCAAUCGAUAAUCAGUGGUAGUCCGAGGAACGUACCUUUACCUCCCAGUUCUACGUCCGGAUCGCUCGACAAUAACAGCAGCCGACCAUCUGGACUCUCCUUGGCAGCGCGUUUGCGUAAGGAGAGCAUCGGUCGAAGUAGUACGGCAGAUCUCCCAUCAGUUCCUCUUGCUAUCCGUCGUCCAAGUAUCAAUCCCGUGCAUCCGUUCAAGACCAACACAUUAGCAUCUGCAUCGCCUUCAGGUGGAAGCCUUGGGGGAAGUAGCACCUCGGUUGGAGGCGGUGUGGGAGGAUCACUAUCCUCUGUAGGCAUAGCGAAUCUGCCGACACUAGGCCCUACGCGAUCCCCGACGAUGAGUCGGCCACCGGCUCCUCUAUCACCCAUAGGCCUUGCAAGCCGGGCUUCACCCCCUUUUGCACCUUCGAGCUUGCGCAGUGAUGAUUCGGAUAGCUCGAAACCGCCUAUGCCUCCCAGGAAGCGAUAUUCAAGCAGUUUCGGCCAUCGAUAUGCCCCAUCAUUGGGUCCGGGAAGUGAGGGCAGUGGUAGCGGGAAUGAGAAGGUCGGGAGUGCCUCAUUCCUGAGCACGAAUACGGAUGACGACGAGAUCUCGACGUUUGUGCAGGAUAUUGACGCGAGGAAACCACUGAGUGGGAGACACAGGCUGCACUCGCAGUCUCCGCGGCAAGCGUUUCCAGAGAUGCCCCCGCCACAGAAGGAAGAGGGUGGGCUGCUGUUAAAGCAGGAAACGAUCUCUACAUCUGGCGCCGUGCUAACAAGUGAGGGAGAAGUGGACGAGAAGCUUCGGGAGAUGAAUGAGACAUUCCUUGCAAGUCUGGAAGGGCUGGGAGGGAUUGAGGGGAGCAUUCGGAGGAAGAAGACUGAUAGCCCCGAGAGCCGUGGGAGGGAGAGUCCCACUGGGCUUGGGAUGAGGGGAUUUGUGCGCCCGAGGUACGGUUCGGCUGCGAGCCAAGGAUCGCAAGAGGUGAUAGGGAAAAUGGAGUUUGAUGAUGACCGCCGGCGAGGGUGACCUCCGUUUUUUCUCUGUGGGCUCGUGCUGGACUUGUGUUCUCUAUAUAUUCCUCUUUAUGCUCUUGCCAUCAUCCACCUUGUCUUAUAUCAUGUGUAGCAAUGUAUGUGCCAGUAUCUAUUUCACGUCUUUUCUUAUCUCACAGCACGUAUUUACCAGUAUCAAUACCAUCGGUUAUCAUCU